UGGCGGCAGCGGGGCCAUGGCCGCCGACGUGUUCAUGCGGCCGGCGCGGCUCAUCGGGGCGGCGGGGCCGCUGUGCCCCCGCACGGAGCCCGACGAGGACUCGUCGGACACGGACGACGGGGGCGCCUCGCCGGGCGGAGGGCGGCGGUGCGGGCCGCGGCGGGGGCAGCCCCCGGGCCCCCAGAUCAUCCACUCGGGCCACUUCAUGGUCUCGUCGCCUCACAGCGAGCACCCGCCCAAGAAGGGCUACGACUUCGACACGGUCAACGAGCAGACCUGCCAGACCUACCAGUUCGGGGCGGCCCGCGGCGGCGGCGGCGCCGGGGGCCGCCUCAGCAUCGACGCCUCCCUCACGAAGCUCUUCGAGUGCAUGUCCCUGGCCUACAGUGGAAAGCUGGUUUCACCAAAAUGGAAAAAUUUUAAAGGCUUAAAACUUCAGUGGAGAGAUAAAAUCCGUCUCAAUAACGCCAUCUGGAGGGCAUGGUACAUGCAGUACCUGGAGAAGCGCAAGAAUCCCGUGUGCCACUUUGUGACUCCGCUGGACGGCUCCGUGGAUGUGGAUGAACAUCGCCGGCCAGAGGCCAUUGCAACAGAAGGGAAGUACUGGAAGCGAAGAAUUGAAAUAGUUAUCAGGGAAUACCACAAGUGGAGAACGUACUUCAAGAAAAGGUUACAGAAACAUAAAGAUGAAGAUCUUUCAAGUUUGGUCAGGGAUGAUGAUGUGGUUCUCUGGCAAAAAAGAAGGUAUGGCAGAGAAACCCCUGUCCCUAUGGAAGAAGGCAGCCUCUUGGAUGCAGAUAUGCUUAUGUCCGAGUUCACUGACACACUGUUCUCCACGCUGUCUUCACAUCAGCUGGUUUCCUGGCCAAAUUCCAGGGACAUAGCACACUUAGGAAAUGCUGACAUGAUUCAACCAGGGCUUAUACCUCUCCAGCCAAAUUUUGAUUUUAUGGAUACUUUUGAGCCUUUUCAGGAUUUAUUCACACCCAGUCGUUCCAGUAAUUAUUUCCCUUCUGUGUCUGCUGUGAGCUCAGCUACCACAGACAGCAGCAGCCAUUCUUCCCAGUCUCCUGUCCUGCCGUCGGGUUCAUUGCCCAACACAGUUCCAGCAGGGAACAUCAGUGAUGGACUCAUUACUUCCUCAGUACCUGCUCCUGUCAUUCCUGAUGUUGGCACUGACCAGUGUUCCAACAUUAGAAGCGAGGGAUCUUUCAUCCAGCCAGCAGACUACACUCCCGACUCGUCUCUCAGCGGGCCACAGACUUUUAUGCCAGUGUUUCAGACACCCCUGCCAGUGCUUCAACCUGCAACGCAACAGCACCAGUCCCCAUUGCCUGCAGUGCCGCUGAAUUCCAGCUUAAGCUCUCCACCACCUCCGUUUGCUGCACCAGAAACCCAGAAGUUUGGCCUCUGUGAGUCUACAGUUAUCACCCACACAGCUUCUGCAACAUUGACCCACAACGCCCCUGCCACCACCUUCAGCCAGAGCCAGAACCUUCUCCUGGCCACACAGCAGCCGGGUGCAGGAGUGCCUUGUAACAUGGCUUUCCAGACUACUGUGCUGCAGGGGCAGCUCUGGCCCCAGCUGCAGUCCCAAAUGACAUUUGCACUCCUCAAAGCUGUUCCUCUGGCAAGUACUGGGACAAGGCCCAAACAGUCAAAAAAAAUAGUGCCUGCUCCGAAGCCUGAAAAUGUGUCUUUAUUGUUAAAGAAUGCCUUCAUCACCCCAGCUGCCUUUCAAGGACAGUCCAGAGCUGUGAUUGUAACUCCAGCACCUUUAAAAAGAGAGGGGAUUUGGACGCCAGCCACGUCUCAGUCUAAUGUUGCAAUUGCACCAGCUGGAAUUGUCAGAGCUCCCGGGGUGACGGAGUUCCGUAGUAACAUUCUGGUUGGUCCAGCACAGCGAGCACCAAGUAGUCAACAAACCCAGUCCACAGUCUCACAUCUCUUCUCUCCUAGUGUAGCCCAGGAUGUGUUGGUGAAAGGAGAGCAAAUCCCUUCCCACAGUAGCAGUUCACAAGUUCCCUCACCUACACCUAGCCGAGACUGUCAGAAUUCAGGCCAAGCCUCCCCUUGCACCUCUGAGCAGAGCCCCAGUCCACAGUCUCCCCAGAACAACUGCUCAGGAAAACCUGCCACUGACUCUAAUACAGCUGCGUUUAAGAAUCUAAGAAUGAAGCACAUUUCAGAACAAAAACGAAGGUUUAAUAUCAAGAUUGGUUUCAGUACUCUCAACAGCUUGGUUUCAACCAACUCCAAGUCGAUCAGCCAUGCAAUCAUGCUCCAGAAAACAGUAGAAUAUAUCGCUAAACUACAGCAGGAAAGAACACAGAUGCAAGAGGAAACCAGGCGCCUUCGGGAAGAAAUCGAGGAGCUAAACGCUGCCAUCAUUUCUUGUCAGCAGCAGCUCCCUGCUACCGGGGUUCGUGUAACACGGCAAAGGUUUGACCACAUGAGGAGGAUGUUUGAUGAGUAUGUGAGAAGCAGGACCCUGCAGAACUGGAAGUUUUGGAUUUUCAGCAUUAUUAUUAAGCCAUUGUUUGAGUCCUUCAGUGAGAUGGUUUCCUCAACAAGCCUUAAGGAUCUGAAUCAAACUGCAAUGGCGUGGUUGGAUCAGCACUGUUCUCUUCCUGUUCUAAGGCCAAUGGUGCUGAACACCCUCCGGCAUCUAAGUACGACCACCUCAAUUCUGUCAGACCCAUCGUGCCUGCCAGAGCAAGCUGCUGAGGCAGUUAACAAGAUGAACAAAACAGCUGGUGAAACCUAACAACCAAAGACAAUGAGUUGCUUAUACAAGGGGUGGAGAACCUGCCAGUCCAGCAGCCUGGCGAGGCUCCUUUCAGUUGAUGCACUUUAGAAAGAAUUCUCUCCAUCACCCGAGACGUUGUUCAGGGCAUGUGGCUCUGCCUUCAGAAUAUGUGGAACUCUGAGGCAACGCUGUCAUAACGUUUUGAUUCCUCUUCAGUCCUGUGCUGUACUCCGUUAAGUAAGAAAACACCAAGCUCAGGUAAAUUUAGCAGGUUUGAGUCCUGCAGCAGCAAUAUAUCUCCAUCAAUGCAGCAUGCAUCUGUAUGCAACAAACACACUUCUAUGAAAAAGCUUCGAGUACCGAGUUCUCUGAAGUGUCAAUCUUGUACACCAAGGGAUGUUCUCCUGGAGGAGAAAUACACUUCCAAUUUCAUCAAACAAAAUGUGCUUUUUAUUUUGUUUUUUGGUAUUCAGUUCCAUCUGUUUUACUUGAAUAGUGAGAAUUGUUAAACAGGAUCAUCUUAAAAACCAAAGGAGAAGAAAAAUCCGUCAAUGAUGUCAACUCGUGGCAAAAAUACUAGAAUUAAAAUCUCAGGCUGUGUUUUGUGUAUUUUUAUUUUCAUGAGUGUAUCAUUGCAUAUGAUCGGUUUCAAGACAUGCUUUAUUUUCUAGUAAAUAAAGUAGCCAAUUUUUAUUCUUUUUCCUGAUAUAGCCAUUGCAGGUGAGUCAGUAGCAGGCUGUGCAGGAAGUGCAAGAAGGCAGUUUUAAAUUGCAUAGGUUCUGCAACUAGAAUGUAUGAAUUUCGCACCCAUUUACUCUCUGAACUGUUUUCUUGCACUCUGCAGAGUUCAGCUGCUUUCCUCAUAAAAUGUGCACAUAUAAAACACAUCCAUAGACAAAUGUAGUCACGCUUCAGAGACAAGAAUUGAGUUUGUAAUGUUAAGAAAUUGGCUUUUUUGUUAUCUCAGAAACUGUAUCAAACCACAUGGACUUGUAGGCAGUUCUUUGCUUCUUUCUUGCUUGUUCUUUUUGCCUUCUAUCUGAAAAACCUGAAGGACUUAGCUAUAUUUGGUCUGUAUGGGAAGGUUAUGUUCAACAUGAAUUACAAAACAUAUAAAAAUAUGUUUAAAACCCAAAAUAGUGCUUAACAUUUUUCUGUGACAGUCUCAGCAAGCACUGUGCUCUGCUGCAGGUAAACUUGGUCUCGUUAUAACAGUCUCUGUCCAUCCUGAGGCAGCACUGGGAUAUUCAUUCCAGCUGAUUGUUCACACUCUGGAGUGAUCCCAUGACCCUUGUAAUUCCACUCAUUACUUGAUGCUGAUUCUUAAGAGCUAUGCAAACUGUGGGUAAGGUUUCCUUUGUACCUCCUGUGAGUGGUUUUCUCCCAGUUUCAAGAGCAGGCUGCCUGGACAUGAUUAGCAGCUGGCACAGUGCUAAAAUGAAGAGCAGCUAAAACACUGGGGCAUUGCACAGUGCUGAAAUGGGGUCAGUAGGUUCUCCUUUGGGGGAUGUAGUUUUUCUCAGCUCUGGUUGGGCCAAAGUUUAAACAGAAGCAAUAGGCCUGGGGAGUAGGAUGAAGCACUUGGAGUGUUUUUCUUCCUUGUCCUGAGAUUUUGCAGCUAAUGGCUUUCAUUGCAGAGUUCGCUUGUGUGUGAGCAGGACUGUAGCAAGAGGAAAGCAUGAAAGGUUAACCCUUCUCCUCGAGCAAGAGGUACUGUGAGUUGAGGACUUGGGCACUGCUGGGGGGAAAAGGAGCUGAGAGGGAAGACGAAACCAGCAUGAUCUGAAUAUCAGUAUGUCUUUCUGUAGCUCUGCAGACAAAUGAAAGAUGCUUGCUUUGUUUGUUUUUAACAGUAGAUCUCACAUAUUUGAAGCUUGUGGCACAUGUGAAAACCUGUGUCAUUGUGACAGAAGCAACAAAAGUCCAGGCCUCAGUAAGGAAUGGUUUGUGGAAAUAGUGUGUAAAGGGUUGUCAUAGUAAUUAAAUAGUGAGUAGAUUUUCUGGGACAUCCAUAUCGAAGUCUUUCAUACACAGUGUUGUAAUCAAGCAAUACUCUUUGGGAUGCAUCUGGAUAAAAAGCGUUGACUAAGUGUAGAUUCUUUUUUAAAUCAGCUCUUUAAAUUCCUCCCAUUUUUAUCAUUGAUUGUGAACUUGGUUCUGAGGAAGUCAUUUAACACUGUGAUUAGCUGGGGAGUUUGUUCUUUACUGGCCUGUCUCAUUGAGAUGCAGAGAUAGCUGCCUGUGGAUUUGCAUGCUAAAAGUACGUAUCCGGUUUUUUAGAAGGAAAUCAGUAGGCAAAUUGUCCAGGAACAGACUCACUUGUGUUUUUGCUGUACUUUUCAGAUGAACAGAUCCUCUAACGCCUCCCCUGCAGUGUGAUCUCCUGCUUGUCAGGCAGUGAUUGUGCUUGAUUUUUACCAUUCCUGAUACCAAUGACAUCAAGAGUUUUGUCUCAACAAGCAAAGUGCAUUACAAGCACACUUCAAAGCCCAGGGACGUCUGAUGACUACUAAGCUUAAAUCCCAACAUCUCCAAUCUCACUGAAUGGAUUGGAAGUUGAAAGGGUAGGGCUAGUGUGACUGAACUGCUAAAAAUUUUGUUCAUUCAGUUUUUAGCUGGAUAUAGAUGGAAAAACCAUCAUGCUCGUUGCACUAUGAGCUGGUUACAAUUGGAGGUAGAAUGCUUAUUUUAAUAACGGGUGGAGAAACAAGCUCAUGGCACUAUUGAUUAUCAUUGCAAAUCUUAAUAAAGAGAAAAACAUUAAAUCAAAGAUUGCUUACUUAGACAAGAGUGUAGGAGGGAGGGAAGGAAAAGUGAAAAGAUACUUUCCACGUAGUGCAGUUACCAGAAAUGAUGUGUCUGCUCUUUGAAGCAGCAAUUGAAUAUUUUUUUAUCACCCUAUUAUUGCAAAUCAGAAUUCUCUUCUUUUAUCAGUCAGCCUUGUGAGGGGUGUGAUUUCACUUCAUUUGGAGACGCAGGAGGAGGAAAAAAAUCUGGUUUAUGUCUCACAUCUGCACAGUAAAACUACUGAGGAUUGGUAUGAAAAGCGAUUGACCACGUAUGUAUUAAUUUCUGCACAGUUUCCACUUUGGUUUAUAUUUGAACUCCUUUGUCUGUCUUACCCAUUGAGGAGUCUAAAUACUAUAUUUCUUUAAAAAAGAAGUUUGGUAACGCUUUGUCCCCUGAUUUAAGCAGUCUGAUUUCCUCAGUGUCACCAAAGUACACUUAAGCAAGCAAAACACACAGUGCCUAUAGUCUAUACAGAAUUACAGAUGAUGCACAUCUGUCUUCAGUGAAUUGGUGCUACACUAAAGAAUUCACAUGCAAUUGAAUACAAAUCAUAUUCAGUCAAAUCCAACACAUUUCACUCAAUAAAGGAGUCGCUAGAUAAAGUAAUGAUGGCCUGUGAUACACAUAAAGUCAAGAUGAGGUUGUCUAGUGGUUCCUUCUGACCUUGAAUUCUGUCAGUCAGUAGGUGGCCCACACCACAAACGCAAGUUCUGGAGAACUUUUGCAUUAUCUGAUGUAGUUAGGUUUGUAUGAUGGCUCCCUGUUAACAGGAGGAGUAAGUGCUGAAAGUCUAGGAGCAAACUAGAAUUGAAGGAAUUAAUGAGUAGUAGGAACAAAGAACUAAGCACAUGCUUCACCUUGACAGUCUGAUCUCUGCACAAAACCAAAGGAUUCUUGAUUAAUACCAUUUGACAUGUCCUUCCAUACUUUUCUAGACCCUUUGGGAAGCCUUCCUUGAAGGGAGGCUUGCUAGAAUGUUUCCAUCUGUGCCUUAGAUCUUGGCAUCAUGUAUGUAUUCGAUUUAUCUUAAGUCAUACAUUUGUCCCCCUAUUACAAUGUUAUGUGGAAAAUCCAGUGAACUGACAAAGUGGGGCUUUCCCUGGGAUUUAAGAGGGUUUAUCUGCAUGGCAUUACUGUGACCCUCUGCCACUGAGGUUGUGGAAAGUUGUGUGUAUGUGUGGAAGAAACGGCAUCUUUCCUGCUGACUUCACCGUCCUCCCGCAUACACAAGCACAUCUGCACACGUGUGCAUAUUGUCAUAGCAGAAGUUUGACAGAAACCCAGUAUAUAUGCAAAUGCUUAAAUUUCUAAAUCUGGAAUGGCUUCACAAGAAAAAUUGCCUUGAAAAAUGGCAUCCCUUUACUUUGUAUCUUCAGGGUUUUUUACAUUCCCUUGAGAGUGUGUGUGUGCACAUGUUGUAGAGGUUUUGUUUGCUUUUAAAGUGCGAAACUCCUGAAGAGCAGUUUGAGAGCAGGAGAGGGAAGCUCACUGCAGAAACCUUCUGUAAGAUCAUGCUUUUGCAGCACAAAAUAUUUGAAAGCUAUUUCACUUUAUGUAUUUCUGAAGUGAAUAAUUCUUGCCUUGAUGUUGCCAACUAGACGAUAGAAAAUAGAAUGGGUUGUUAACUAUUUUGACCUUUUUCUCUCUCUCUUUUUGGGUUCCUUUCCACAUUUAUUGCAUGGAAAAUCACCCCCAAUGGUGAUACAUGGUUUAGGGAUUCAGUCAUACCAGUCUUAGAGGACUAUGGGCAACUGCUGAUGACUUUUAGGAGGUUUUUAUAUUAGGUGAGGCAACAGGAGUUUUCCUGUUACUCCUCAAUUUAUACACUUGAGUUUCAGAGAAGAUCACAUGUUUGGGGGUUUUUAGUUUUAUAGGGCUCCAGUAUUGUUCCCACAACAUCAGUUAAGGCUUCAGGUUUUCUUUUGUUUCAUUCUUGGUCGGAUUUCUGUGUUAGAACAGAAGUGGUAGUACUGAAUUGUAGCUUGGACCGUAAAACUUGAUUCAGUUACAAAGAAACACAACUUAGAUAAUAGAAUGACUGAACUGCUUUUAUAUCUGAACUGCUUCUAUAUCUGAACUUUUCCAUCAUGAGUAAGGUUUUGAAUCAAGAGAGAUCAAUGUUAGGAGCAAGCCUUUAAAUUAACAAUACAAUGAAUAAAUUGCUCUUUUUCUUCUUCUAACCGUGUAUUUAAAUGUGUUUUAAGUGAAUGGAGUUCAUUCUUGUUUAAAAAAACAAAAAAGGGAAAAAAAAAGAGCUUGGAGGUUAUGAGGACUUCAGGUUGUACUCUUGCUUUGCCUAGGUUUCCUGUUCUGUUGCAUGACACAACUUCUGUUGUGCUGUUGAUAUGUAGCACUUUUCAGUAGGUCUGUCAAAUUGUGCAAUGCAUUUUUUUAUAUUUACAACCAAAACAAUAAAGGUUAUUUUUUGGAAGAA